CUGCUAUAAAUAGAACACUACUCAAAAUCUAAUCAGCCACAGCAACCAAUCCAACCUUGAGAAACCUGAAAUUGAUUUCAUUGACAAACGCACAGAAAUGAGUUUUCUUGCAGGAGGAAGAUUAGCGGGAAAAGAGGGAGCAUUUUUUUUCCAGGAAUCCAAACAAGCUGUAAACAGAAUUGUAGAGAAAACCACCACCAACACCAAGAAUGUGGCUUCACCAGCUUCUUCUUCAGCGUCAUUGGGUGAGCAUGAAUUCAAAGCUGACGUGCUUCCCGAGGUGUUAAGACACUCUCUGCCAUCCAAGAUUUUCCGUCGACCGUCUGAUCCAUCAUCUCUCUCCACAGGUUCCAAGUGGGUUCUACCCAUUGACCCAAAUGCCUCCUCUGUCUCACCUCAUGCUUUGAAUCCUCUCAGGGCUUACCUUUCUUUGCCGCAGGUCACCUUUGGCCCCAAAAGGUGGGAAUUGCCCAGUCAAGAGCACUCAUUUUUGGCUUCAACAGCUAAUGAAUUAAGGCGAGACAGAUAUACACCUCAUGUAAACCCUGAGAAGUUAAAGGCCGCGGCUGAAGGACUUCAACAAAGUAGGAUUUGUAAUCUCUAUCUUGCUUAGCAAAAUUACCUCUUCAAUAUGACAAUCUUUUUAUAAUGUACCAUGAGUCAGUUAACUUUGUAGAGUAGCUCUUUGUUGUACAAUUGAAAAGUAGGUACGAAUUCUGACUAAAUGAUUUAUGAAUUUACACCGAAACUAAGUAAGAUAGGCUUGAUUCUGUAACGAGGUUUAUGUUUUAAACCAAUAUCUAAUUAUCUGUGUGUAGCUGUCAAAUCA